AUGCCGGCAGGGAUGAAUGCUGCAAUGUCGCUGGUGGGAAGCCAAGGCGUUGUCUCGGCCACCGAGGGCAACGUGCUGGAGCUGAGGAAGGACCCACAUCUGGUCCUGACCAGGUUGAGCCAGAAGUACGGGGACGUGAUGGAGGUGAGGAUCGGCACGCGGCCCGUGCUGGUGCUGAGCGGGCUGGAGACCAUCCGGCAAGCGUUGGUGAAGCAAGGAGAAGACUUCAUGGGGCGCCCUGACCUCUACACCUUCCGUAAUGUUGCGGAUGGGCAGAGCCUGGCCUUCAGCCCUGACUCAGGGGAGGUGUGGAAAGCCCGCAGAAAGCUGGCCCAGAAUGCCCUGAAGACCUUCUCCAUUGCCCCCAGCCCCACCUCCUCUUCCACCUGCCUCCUGGAGGAGCACGUCUCCAAGGAGGCCAACUACCUGGUCACCAAAUUCCUGCAGCUGAUGAAUGAGGAGAAGAGCUUUGACCCUUACCGGUACGUGGUGGUCUCUGUGGCCAACGUCAUCUGUGCCAUGUGCUUCGGCAAGCGCUACGACCACAACGACCAAGAGCUGCUUAAUAUAGUGAACGUAAGCGAGCAGUUUGGUGACGCGGCUGCUGCUGGCAACCCCGCUGACUUCAUCCCGGUGCUCCAGUAUCUUCCCAGCCGCACCAUGAGUUUAUUUAAAGAUUUCAACAAGCGGUUCCUCCAUUUCCUGCAGAAGAUUGUCAAAGAGCACUACGAGACCUAUGACAAGAACAACAUCCGAGACAUCACUGACUCCCUCAUCGAGCAGUGCAUGGAGAAAAAAGUGGAAGCAAAUGGCGCCACGCAGAUCCCUAAGGGGAAGAUCGUCAACCUUGUGAAUGACCUCUUCGGAGCAGGCUUUGACACCGUGACAACUGGCCUGUCCUGGAGCCUCAUGUAUCUCGUGACGUACCCCCACAUCCAGAAGAAGAUCCAGGAAGAACUGGACCAGACCAUCGGCCGGGAGAGGAGACCGAGGCUGUCGGACCGGGGCACGCUGCCCUACAUAGAAGCCUUUAUCCUGGAGAUGUUCAGGCACUCCUCCUUCAUGCCCUUCACCGUCCCACACAGCACGACCAGGGACACGGUGCUGAACGGCUACUACAUCCCAAAGGACCGCUGCGUGUUUGUCAACCAGUGGCAAGUGAAUCAUGACGAGAGACUUUGGAAGGAUCCACAUAGCUUCAACCCGGAGCGUUUCCUCAAUGCUGAAGGGACUGAAGUGAACAAAGAGGAUGGGGAGAAGGUGCUGGUUUUCGGCUUGGGGAAAAGGAGGUGCAUUGGGGAACCCAUUGCCAGGUGGCAGGUCUUCCUUUUCCUGUCCACCUUGCUCCAGCAGCUGGAGUUCAGCAUCUGCGAUGGCAAGAAGGCGGACAUAACACCGCUGUAUGGCCUGGCCCUGAAGCACAAAAGAUGUGAGCACUUCCAGGUCAAGCAGCGCUUCCCCAUGAAGAGCAUGGACUGAGCAGUGGGCUUACCCAUUGCCC